AGUAUUCUUGCCUAUACCCACGACCAAGAGGAAAUGAAACCCUAAACAAACUGCAAGGUGAUACUGUUGAAUAAACGAGACUCUUCGAAGUAUAUAGGUACCUGAAGCUGCACCGUCCAAAUCUUGGCAACAGAGUGCAGAAAUUGCGAAAGAAGCUUAACCCUUGGCGGCGUAGCAUUAUCUGCAGAAAUUUUAUGCAAACAGAGGCGUCAAUUAGUAUUCUUUCCAGCUACAUUUUCCAUGCCCACCUGGCCCUCUACGAUCACUUCACACGAAACUCCCCUUUGUUCGAAUUGCAGCAUUCAAAAUUCGCAUGGCCGUUUUAAAAUUGCUGUUUAAUUGCUUUUAGGGCUUUUUUAGUUUCACCGGAUUUCGAAAAUUUUCAAUAGAAUUUGGAAAAUUGGGGGAAUAUUAUUCUGAAGUUAUUGUCUUGUGUAUCGAGAAGGCCACAACAAAAUGGUUCCAGAAAAUGUUUCGUCUUCAAAUAAGAAGAAGAGAAAGAAUUCGGAUGGUUCAGCAAAGCACUUGUUUACACUUGGACAGGAAAUGGAUGAACAUUUUGAUAAGCCUCGCAAGCAACGUCGUAGCAAAGUUCACAAGCAACAGGAAAAUGAAGAGUAUGUGACACAAAGUAUCAGCAAUAAAAUAUUGCGAGAGGCUCGGAAGCAGCAAAAGGAAGUUGAUAAUGAGAGGGAUGAAGAGGCUGGUUUGGCAUCUACAAAAAAGGCUUUUUCUCUGGCUAUAGAAGGGGUGGAAUCUGAUAGUGAUGUUGAUGAUUUUGAUGGGUUUUCAGAAUCUCAGAGCCACUAUGAAGAAUAUGAAGAUGUUCCCGAGGAGGAUGAGAAGGUACUGGCUGCAUUCAUGAAUGAAAAUGCUGGUCCUCAGCGUACUUUAGCUGAUCUUAUCAUGGAGAAAAUCCGAGAAAAAGAUGCUGCAGUUUCAUCAGAAGAACGGCCAAUUCCACCUCUGGAUAAUAGAAUCAUUGAUGUCUAUAAAGGAGUGGGUAAAUUGCUGAGCCGCUACACUACUGGUAAGAUUCCAAAGGCAUUCAAGGUUGUACCAUCACUCUCCCUUUGGGAGGAGGUACUAUAUAUCACAGAGCCGGAGAAAUGGUCAGCAAAUGCAGUGUACCAAGCAACCCGAAUUUUUGUGUCAAAUCUAAAUGCAAAGAUGGCCCAGCGGUUCUGUAACCUUGUCUUACUUCCACGUGUCAGGGAAGACAUUAAUAAAACUAAACGACUUCAUUUUGCAUUGUACCAAGCCUUGAAAAAAUCAUUGUACAAGCCACCAGCCUUCUUCAAAGGCAUUCUCAUGCCUCUUUGUCAGUCACGCACUUGCAAUCUGCGGGAAGCAUUUAUCAUUGGAAGUGUCAUUCAGAAGGUCUCAAUUCCUUCACUUCAUUCUAGUGCUGGAUUGAUGAAGAUAGCAGAAAUGGAGUACUGUGGCACAAACAGUUACUUCAUAAAACUUCUUUUGGAUAAAAAAUAUGCUCUACCAUAUCGAGUGCUCGAUGCUCUUGUCAAUCAUUUCAAUAAAUUUUUGGAUGAAACACGUGCCAUGCCCGUGAUAUGGCACCAAUCCCUUUUAUCAUUUGUCCAAAGAUAUAAGAAUGAGUUGACAAAGGAGCAAAAAGAUUCCUUGGAGCGCUUGGUUCGGCAUCAGAAGCAUUAUUUAGUGACACCUGAAAUUCUGAGGGAAUUGAGGAACAGUCGAAAUCGAGGGGAGAAAGAAGGCAAUCUCAUGUCAACUGUAUCUGCAGUUUCUGUUAUCAAUAAAACAAUCGAAGAAGAUAGAUGGGAUGUUCCAGAAGUUCCAAUGGAUGAAGAUUAGUGACAGAAAAUGCAGGCUGGAAAGUUUAUUUUUGAGGGCACAGUCGUAGCUGCUCAUUUGAUAUGUUAAAAUGUUUUUUUUUUUUUUUUUGUUUUUGUCCGUCAUGGAUGGAAACAUGUGCUAAAUUUUGAAUAUUGUAUUUUUAGCGGGUUUUUUUAACUAUUGGGCUUGAGCAUCUCUUUUUCUGCAUAUUAAUUAGCAAUAUAUCAUAGCGUUUUGAUUUGAAAAGGUAGAGCUGUGUUUUUUUAGAAAUUUCAAAUUGAUUGGUGUUAAAACUGCUACUCUACCCAAGUAUAAGAUAUAAGACAAACUUGGCAAGGAGUGAUUUAUAUGCUAUUACAGUCUUGUAAUGUUUGUUUACU